CGCCUCCGGCACCCCCUUCGCCCGGCGCCGGCCGCCCCUCCUCCCCUGCGCCGCCGCAUCCGCACCGCCCAACCCCGCCGGCCACCGAGGACGCGGAAACCGCACCUCACUCCCGGUCUCCCACGCCUCCCUCUCCUCUUUUAGUCAGAACGCGGACGCCCUCCUCUCUCGCAGCCGUCGUUGGAGCGAGCACCGCCACUCCAAUCGCCGGCAAUCCCCUUCGCCGUGCGCACCCGUCGUUGGAGCGAGAGCCGUCGUCGGUUCCUCCUCCACCGUCGCCGCCACCGGAUCACCGACGCCGACCGCCCGCAUCGUAGCCUCCGUGCCAAUCCCCCCAUCUCGCGAGCAGAGCAGGGGAGGGGAGGGGAGGGGUGCCGACGUGCCGUGGUCCUGCUGCAUCCCGGAAAGGAAGAUCAGCACAAUACUGACGGGUUUCUCUUCAAGAUGAUCCCGUGGUUCUCAGUUUUCUGCUUUCUACACUGUCUACAUCUUAUAUGUGUUCAUUGAAGCUACAGAUUGAUGGACAUAGCUGUCAAACCUGAACCUACCAGGCCUCCUGGUCAUGUUUCUCCUCAGCUCUCAUCACAUUUAUAUGUUUUCUUACCCAAUUCCAUACAAAAAAUUUUACCAAGGCAGACCCGUUAAUUUUGGUAUGGAUCAUGUGAAUUUUGAAGAGAAUACGUACACCGUUAAUUUAUUCAUGCAUUCUGCUUUAUACUAUAGUCUACCCAAUUUAUUCAAUUAUUCUGCUUUGUACUGUGGUCUAGCCAUUUUAUUCAUUUUUUUCGCGUUGCCCUCCGCUGUCGUCCAGGACCGUCGCCCACGGCGCUGGCGACGAUUCACCGCCGACGUCAUCGUCCAACACCGUGACUUGGCCCUUCGUCCUCCAUGUCCACCGCGCCCUCGCCGCCAUUCAUAAGAACAACAUUGCAGCACCCAAUCUGUGGCACCCCAUCGACACAUACGACCGCGUCGCCCUGGCUCAUCGUGGCUAACCCCACCGACGAGAUUGGGCCGCUCCAAAACCCAGACUCUGGACGGCUCCGUCACAAGUCACGCCGCCGCCGCCGCCGCCGCCGCCGCCGCCCUGCAGCUCCGCUCCCCCGGUCUCUGCGCGUCUGCCCCGACGCUCCGCUGGCCCUUCCCUCGCUUGCUCGACGCCAUUGCCUUCCGGCCACUGCCUCGUGCCUUGGCCUGUUGCGGCUCGUCGGCGCCCUCCGCCGUCCGCCACCUCCGUGCCUGCGGCUCCAACGCCUUCUUCUUGCGUGCGGACGCCUGGAGGGCAGUGAUGCAAUGGCUGUUUCUUUGAGGAUUCAUUAUGCAUAAUGGUAUUCUACUGCAGCUAUGCUUUUGAACUUGCCUAAGGCGGUAAAACCAAUUGGAGAAUGGUUCCUUUCAGGUGCAAGGGCAGCAUGCAUUGGUGUAGAUGUUUAUCCUAGUCACUUUGCAUCCCUAUUGAAGGAAUGCAAGUCUGCAAAUACAGUUCAUCAAAUUCACCAACAGAUAAUUGCUUCUGGUCUUCUUUCUUUGCCCACACCAUUAUUGUCAGUCUCACUACCAGCAUUGCCAUCCGAACCAUUUAUAUCUCCAAGAUCUCUGGGUACUGGUGUCGUAGCUUCUUAUCUUGCUUGUGGUGCUACCGACUAUGCUCUCUUGGUGUUGGAACGUGUUACACCGUCACCAGCUGUGUGGUGGAAUCUACUUAUCCGAGAACACAUCAAACAAGGCCGCCUUGACAGUGCAAUUAAUGUCUCUUGCCGCAUGCUGCGUGCUGGAACUAGGCCGGACCAUUUUACUCUACCACAUGUAUUAAAAGCAUGUGGAGAGCUACCUUCAUACCGUUGUGGUAGUGCAUUCCAUGGAUUGAUAUGCUGCAAUGGCUUUGAGUCCAAUGUCUUCAUAUGCAAUGCGUUGGUGGCAAUGUAUUCCCGUUGUGGUUCUUUGGAGGAAGCCAGCAUGAUCUUUGAUGAAAUAACUCAGAGGGGUAUUGAUGAUGUUAUCUCAUGGAACUCUAUUGUUUCAGCCCAUGUUAAAAGUAGUAAUGCUUGGACUGCAUUGGAUCUGUUUUCAAAGAUGACAUUGAUUGUCCAUGAGAAGCCUACAAAUGAAAGGUCAGACAUCAUUAGCAUUGUCAACAUACUCCCUGCAUGUGGUUCUCUAAAGGCAGUACCUCAAACUAAAGAAGUCCAUGGUAAUGCUAUUCGUAAUGGCACAUUUCCAGAUGUUUUUGUUGGUAAUGCCCUGAUUGAUGCUUACGCUAAGUGUGGUUUGAUGGAAAACGCGGUAAAGGUUUUCAACAUGAUGGAAUUCAAAGAUGUGGUUUCUUGGAACGCAAUGGUGGCUGGGUACUCCCAAAGUGGCAACUUUGAGGCAGCCUUUGAGCUUUUCAAGAACAUGCGCAAGGAAAAUAUCCCAUUAGAUGUGGUAACAUGGACUGCUGUAAUUGCAGGCUAUUCUCAGAGGGGAUGCAGCCAUGAAGCACUCAAUUUAUUCCGUCAAAUGAUAUUUUCUGGGUCCUUGCCAAAUUGUGUCACAAUCAUCUCUGUGUUGUCUGCCUGCGCUUCUUUGGGAGCAUUUUCUCAGGGUACGGAAAUUCAUGCCUACUCUCUAAAGAACUGUCUUCUAACCUUGGAUAAUGAUUUUGGUGGUGAGGAUGAGGAUCUUAUGGUGUACAACGCGCUAAUAGAUAUGUACUCAAAGUGCAGAAGCUUCAAAGCUGCACGCUCCAUAUUUGAUGAUAUACCUCUAGAGGAACGCAAUGUUGUCACCUGGACUGUCAUGAUCGGGGGGCAUGCACAAUAUGGGGACUCAAAUGAUGCCCUCAAGCUUUUCGUGGAGAUGAUUUCAGAACCAUAUGGAGUAGCCCCAAAUGCUUAUACAAUUUCGUGCAUUUUGAUGGCCUGUGCACAUUUGGCAGCCAUACGUAUAGGUAAGCAGAUUCAUGCUUAUGUGCUUCGUCAUCACCGAUAUGAAUCAUCUGCAUACUUUGUGGCGAACUGCCUCAUUGAUAUGUACUCGAAGUGUGGGGAUGUUGAUACAGCUAGGCAUGUAUUCGAUAGCAUGUCUCAAAAGAGUGCUAUUUCUUGGACAUCAAUGAUGACAGGGUAUGGAAUGCACGGUCGUGGUAGUGAGGCCCUGGACAUAUUUGACAAGAUGCGGAAAGCAGGCUUUGUUCCUGACGAUAUAACCUUCCUGGUUGUUCUUUAUGCUUGUAGUCAUUGUGGAAUGGUUGAUCAAGGUCUAUCGUACUUUGACAGCAUGAGUGCAGAUUAUGGUUUGACACCUCGGGCAGAGCACUAUGCCUGUGCUAUUGACUUGCUGGCCCGCUCUGGGCGAUUAGAUAAGGCAUGGAGAACAGUUAAGGAUAUGCCAAUGGAGCCCACCGCAGUAGUUUGGGUUGCAUUACUGAGUGCCUGUAGAGUACAUUCAAAUGUUGAACUUGCUGAACAUGCUCUGAACAAACUGGUCGAGAUGAAUGCUGAAAAUGAUGGAUCUUACACGCUUAUCUCCAACAUAUAUGCCACUGCAGGGCGGUGGAAGGAUGUAGCGAGGAUCAGGCACUUGAUGAAGAAAUCAGGAAUUAAGAAGAGGCCAGGAUGCAGCUGGGUCCAGGGUCAAAAGGGCACAGCAUCUUUCUUUGUCGGAGAUCGAUCACACCCACUAUCCCCACAAAUUUAUGCUCUUCUGGAGAGUCUAAUUGAUCGCAUCAAAGCUAUGGGAUAUGUUCCUGAGACAAACUUCGCAUUACAUGAUGUUGAUGAGGAAGAGAAAAAUAAUCUUCUUGUUGAGCACAGUGAGAAACUUGCUCUUGCAUAUGGUCUCCUCACAACUUCCCCUGGUUGCCCAAUAAGGAUCACAAAGAACCUGCGUGUAUGUGGUGAUUGCCAUAGCGCAUUCACCUACAUUUCCAAGAUUGUGGACCAUGAGAUCGUAGUGCGCGACCCCAGUCGUUUUCAUCAUUUCAAGAAUGGUUCAUGCUCAUGUGGUGGCUAUUGGUGAGGGUUUCUUUUGUGAAAGCAUCAGAGGUAGAAGCAUAAACUAAGUAGUUAACAAUGUAUUACUAUAUAUUUUCCCACAGUAAGGAAUACUGAUGUAAUCUAGAUUCUUUAUACUCUAGCCAUGAAAACUUAUCAUUUUGGGCAUCAACAUGGUCUCCUAAAUAUAACUUUGAUAACAAUUUCUAUCACAA